CCACAAUGCCUUUCGUUACGUCACAACCAACAUGGCGACAAUUGGCAGACUGGUGGUGCGUAAUUUAACUACAGAUUUUGGAUUUAAAACAAAUUACUUGUGCUUGUUGAAACUCUGUGCCACUCCAUAUUCUCAGCUGAUGUCAACAGCCCCAAAUACCAAAGAUAGAGCUGCAUCUGAUGCACUCCAUAUCAGUGACAGCUGCGUAAAACGUUUGAAAGAAAUUGCAACUGACGGUAACUUUUUACGGGUUAUGGUUGAAGGAGGCGGUUGUUCAGGAUUCCAGUACAAGUUUGACCUGGAGAAGAGCAUCAAAGACGAUGAUAUAGUCUUCAACGCAAAUGGUGUAAAAGUUGUAAUAGAUGAGACAUCACUAGAAUAUGUUCGCGGUUCAACAAUUGAAUACCAUCAGGAGCUGAUAAGAUCAACCUUCCGUAUAGUCAACAACCCUCUUGCAGAACAGGGUUGUUCCUGUGGCGCUUCUUUUUCUAUUAAAAUAGACUAAGUAGAAAUCAUUGGACUGUUUAAUUAUUUAUUUGUAUUGUAUAUAUUAUGAAAUGAUUUUUGUUGUUGUAUUGCAUAGAAUAAAUAAUGCUGUAUUUAUUAA